AUGAACAUCUCUACCAACCUACCUGCUGUGAAGCCGUUUGUCCAAGCCCAGGGACCCAGAACUCGAAGUAACGCCAAAGCUGAUAACACAAAGGCCAAAGUGUGUUUAAUGCAGAACAGCGACGGUGAGCAAAGACUGGGCGAAGGCUUCAGUAACAGAGGCCGUCAAUCUCAAAGGCAGAAACAUCUGAAGAAGAAGGAUGGACAGAAAGAUCCAUAUCAGCACAAGGAGGGACGGAGAGGGAGAUUUUCCCGUGGACGAGGAAGACCGAUGUUUGGAAGAGGCGGGAGAGGACAUGAAAAUGACAUGAUGGACUUUCAAGUGAAGCCGAGGUUCAUGACUCAGGAGUUCAAGGACCAGAAUGCGCUGCUGGUGGACGGGCGGUUACUUUGUCGACAUUUUCUUUACGGACGAUGCCUAAAGGCUGAGAGUUGCCAGCUGGAGCAUAUUCAGGGUUACAACGAUCUCAUCAAAGAAAUCUGUAAAUUUUACAUCCAAGGCUUCUGCACAAAAGGGGAGAGCUGUCCGUACAUGCCUAACUUUUACCACAGUGCAGCUGCAGAUGCAGCUGCAGCUGCAGAGGGGGAACCCUCAGUACACCAGAUACAAGAAAUGGCCACAGUUACAGAUGAAGCUGUUCUUCGGUGUGCAGCAGACACCGCCCGACCUCACAGCCCUUCAUCAACCAGCAGUAACUGCCCGGAGCCAGUUUGUUAUUCAGUGGAAGCCAUGCUUGGACCUCAGCUGUACAGGUCUUUCCCUAGCUUCUAUAAUACUCCUGAGAGCAAAGAAUCUACUACCCCUUCUGCCGCAGAGACCACCACCGAGGCCACUUUAGGCUCCACGACACAAAAGGAAGUUCCCUAUUCUGUUGAUGCAGUCCUCAGGUCCUUAAAAUCAGUGGAAAAUUCAACCCUCGGUCAAAGACCCACUGCUUCAAGUGUAAAAACUGAGGAAAUCCCGGAUCCUCUCUUAAGUUCACAACAUCAAGUACAAAAAGUCUCACUGAGUAUCAAACAUGAGCCAAACAAACCCUUCAAGAAAAUGUACAAGAGCCUGUCUGCCCUACAAGCGCACGGCAGCCUGAUUUCUAGCUCUGAGCUUAUUCUUUCCUCUGGUACUCAGCAAUGUGGAGCUAUACCAGAGUCCCUGAAAUCUGCUGAAAUGGCUUUUCAUGAAGUUAAACUGGAGCGUUUGCAUCCUCCUGUUAUAGAUGAAGAUAAUCCUACAUCUUCCAAAAGCAAAUCAGACAUGAAUGAAAGCUCACAGCUUCCUGCAGAUAACACCCGUCCUCCUAAACAUCUCUCGGGUAUUUCUCCCUCUUCAGGCGUCUCAGAGUUUAAAAGCAGAACUUCUGAUCCUGUCGAACCUGCAGAUAGCUCCAUUAAGACGAGUGACUCUGCAAACAUUGCCGUUCACCAUUUUGCAGCACAGCAGCUUGCUGAGAUCCCUCGGUACCCAAGAAAGACAAAAUCUGUCUUCCGACCCGGUGCACAGAAACGCUGUUCUGCUAAAAUGUCACCGGAGUGCAGCAGGGAGACUCCAACUCUGUCCGAUUGUUCAGCCGGACGUAAAAAGACUCAGAAAAUCCCCUUCAGUUGCCUUUUUAAAAACCCAAUCACUGAGAGCGUGACACCGACACCUGACCCAGUGAGAGCCUCACAGUCUGCACAUUUCACCAGCAAAGAAGGACAUUUAAAAACGGAAGUCAAACCUGAGAAAAAUGUGCUCUUAACACCUGCCAUAGGGGCGCCUAAGGAUUCAGUCCUGAAAUCCCUGUUUGUGAGCCUGAGCCCAUACCAGGAGGAUGGAGAGCAGCGGGGUGGCAUUCAGAUCAGUGAACUAGAAAUGAACGACAAAGGUCGUGUCGGGCACACUUUUGGAAAACAACAGCACGAAGAAAAGAAGCAUCGGACGUCCAGCAGUCGGCCCACCGUGAAGGCGUCUGCACGCUCAACAGACGACCAGCUUUCUUUUCAAACUCCUCAGAACUCCUCAGAGGUAACAGCUGGGCCGACCCUCAGCAGUCCAGGCGUGACCGAACCACAGGUUAAAAACUCUGGCACGUACAAGCUGCCACUGGAACCAGCAACACCGGAGAUCAACCACCACACCGACCCGAGAGAGAUGCACUGCUCUAGGAAAGAAAAGAGGGGGCGUGGGAGGGUGGGGGUGACUCCACUGAAGGACCUUUUUAAGACUCUGGACAGCGCUGUUUUCCACCUGGGACGUUAACGUUGGGUUUCCUCUGUUAGAUGCAAUCAUAGGUCACCAAAGUUUUGACUAAAUCACAUCGGUGCAUCAAACCAGAUUAUCAGUGUUUGCACAGUCCUGUCAGUCUUUUGGGGUUUUUUUUGAAAAUGACACUAAAACUGACACUUUUUUCCCUUUUUUUUGCUUUGUGAUCAGUCACGUGACUGUGUUCAGCAUCUGACACAUUUAAUUAAAUCCUGUGUUUUAACAGGCUCAUUGUGUGUUAUUUUCUUUCAACAUUAUUUUUAUACAUUCCUGUGACUUAAAUUUAGCUCACUGUAGAGUUUUUUUUUUUUUUUAUUAAAAACAUGUUUAUUUUAAUGAAAUAAUAACCCAAAACACUCAUUUGUGCCUCAAACGUUUUGGUAAAGGUGUAAAAUCUUCUACUUUGAUACUGUAAGUAAACUUUAUGCAUGUAUUCCAAAUUGUCU